AUGUGUCGGGGUGACGCCGCGAAAUGGACCAUUUGCAACGACACGCCAGUCAACGAUCUUGACAGCCCUCGUGAAAAUGAACCGCUGUGGGAAACAGGCGAACCUUGCACAGCCGACUUAGCCUGCACUUAUCCCAGGUCCCUCUGUGCUGGUGGAUUGUGCGUCAUUGGAGACGCUGAAGAUGACAACAGUAACAGCAUGUGUUCUAACAGCCCUGGGAUGACAGACUCUAUAAGACAGACCUUCCUUAAUGUUCAUAACUUGUAUAGAUCGAGGAUUGCUCGUGGACUGGAAAAAACCGCUGCGGGUAAUAAAGCACCCACGGCCCGCAGGAUGUAUAGAUUGAAAUGGAACUGUGAAUUGGAGAAAAUGGCGAUGGAUAGUGCGAAAAAAUGCAGCUACGGCAUGGCUGAACAACCAAAGGAGAGUCUUUUCUACUCAACGAAGAUAACUGGAAAACUCACUAAUUUGGACAAAAUGAGAGCAGCGAAGAAGGCUUGUCGAAUGUUUUGGGACCAAUUACGACAACGCGCUUUUGUACGUACUAAUUUUUGGAGCGACGCGUAUCCAAAUUAUGCCAACAUGGCUAUCGGAGGAAAUGAAGACCUAGGAUGCGCAAUAUACCCCUGUCAUACUUUUACGGUAAUUUCCUGUCAUUAUUUCUAUAAGAAAACGAUUUAUGGAACGAAGACAGUACCACUUUACGAAAUUGGCAAUCCAUGUGACGGUUGUUUAAGCACUUGCAAAGAUGGAUUAUGUUCUUAGUAAUCUAACUUGAUGGGAACUCUUUGGUACAAGCAUGCAUUUUCGUUUUCUGAGCUAUGCUGCAAAAAAAUCUUGUUCGCAAAAAUGAGUAUUCAAAGUACUUUUUUGAAAAACGAGUUUUCCGGAAUCGCUAAUAUAGACAAG